AUCACAACCCCCCCCCCCGUCUCCAUCAUCUACGAGCUUUCCCCGACCAAUCACAUCUUUUUACCGUCCACGACAUUAAAACGCAUCCCACGAGUGCGAUCCGAUACCCCGCCUUGGACAUCUCGCCCCUCGAUUUCUUACCGCAAAAGGAACCAUAAUUCACAAUGUCUGACUGGGAUAACGUCACUCGUAUCGGCACCAAGCACACCGGUGGUGGCGGUGUUUCCCGCGAGACCGUCGUCAAGGGCAAGAGUGCCCUGAACGCGGCCCAGCGUCAGGGUUUGGUCGUCGGCACGGAGAAGAAGUACGCCACUGGCAAUGCUGCUGGCCGUGCGGGCACCAUGGAGGGCCAACACCUGACCAAGGUCGACCGGAGCGAUGAUAUCGUCAAGCCCAAGACCGUCGGCACCGCCGUUGCGGACGCCAUCAAGCGCCGCCGUAACGCGGAGGGAGUCAAGAUGUCGCAGAAGGAUCUCGCCACCAAGUGCAACACGACUGUUUCGAUCGUCCAGGCCUUUGAGGCCGGCACCGCCACGCCGGACCAGAAGGUUCUCAGCGCCAUGGAGCGUGUGCUGAACGUCAAACUGAGAGGGUCCGAUAUUGGGGCGGAGAAGUUCCCCAAGAAAAAGUAAAUUAUUGUUCGGGGGUGAGCCCGCGACUUUUUCUUUCGGGGAGAAACGAGAUGUUGUUCGCUUUCCGGUUUCUUUUGUCUCGGGUUUUAUCUUUUGCGAAUCCCUUCACGGUUUUGACGACGACGGCUACUUUGUGCUUUUUUUUUUUUUUC